GAGAAGGGGGCGUGGCCGGUCGCGUGACCGCGCUCGCGCUCUCCGAGGGGGGGCGGGGGGCCCAAGAGCCGCGGCGGCGUCUUGCUCGCGCCAAGAUGGCGGACGAGGGGAGCGAGGGGCUGCCGCGCUCCGUCCUGCCGGGCCCGCUGAGGGGCGGCAGCUCCGGGGGAGGCGGCGGCGGCGGCGGCUCGGGCUCCUUGUCGUCGUCGUCGUCAGCAGCGCCGGCUCCCUCCUCCUCCUCCUCCGUCGCCACCGCCACCACCACCCCCCCGGCUCCCCCUCAGCCGCCGCCGCCUCCCGCCCCCCCGGCGGGGCCUCGCGUGGUCCGCAUCGUCAAGUCGGAAUCCGGCUACGGGUUCAACGUGCGCGGGCAAGUGAGCGAGGGCGGGCAGCUGCGCAGCAUCAACGGGGAGCUCUACGCGCCGCUGCAGCACGUCAGCGCCGUCCUGGGCGGGGGGGCGGCCGAGCGCGCCGGGGUGCGCAAAGGGGACCGCAUCCUCGAGGUGUGAGUACGGGGGGGCGGGGCCGGGGAGGGGAGGGAGGGGGGGAGGGAGGGUCCCCGAAAACACACGCACCUGCAGCUCCCACCUUUCUCCACAUGCGUGUGCGUGUGUACACACCAACACGUGUGCAGCGUGAGGCUGUGCACCCCGGAGUUUUAUUGGCGUGCGUGUAUGCAUCUGUAUAUACACCCAUGCAUGCAUAUAAUUCAGAGCAGCCUCUCCCCCCUUUCUCCACAUGUACACACAAACACGUGUGCAGCGUGAGGCUGUACACCCCAGAGUUUUAUUUGCGUGCAUGCGUGUAUAUGCAUAUGUAUAUACACCCAUGCAAAAGGGACAGCAGCCUCGAGGUGUGAGUAUGGGGGGCAGGCCCCCCAAAACACACACCUGCAGCUCCCCCCUUUCUCCACAUGCGUGUGUGUGUGUAUACACCAACACGUGUGCAGCGUGAGGUUAGACACCCCGGAGUUUUAUUUGCGUGUGUGUGUAUAUAGAUAGAUAGAUAGAUAGAUAUGCAGUAUGCAUAUGUACCCAUGCAUGCAUAUAAUUCAGAGCAUCCUCUUCCCCCUUUCUCCACCCGUGUGUGUGUACACACCAACAUGUGUGCACCGUGAGGCUGUACACCCCUGAGUUUUAUUUCCGGGCCUGUGUGUAUAUGCAUCUGUAUAUACACCCAUGCAUGCAUAUAAUUCACUUCUGUUCUUCAGACUCAUCAAAUGCCACAGCUGAUGCCUCCACUUAGGGGUCUCACCCCUGCUACCUGCAAAUCCCAAUUUUAGAUCUCUUCCCUGUUUUUUCACUGUGGGUCUGUGGCUCCUGAGUUUAUGCAUAGGUUCAGUUGUGUUGAUAAGACUCUGCCUUAUCACUAGCACUGUCCUUUCGCAGCGCCCACACAAGCACACAUGUGUAGAGGGAGUAUAUGUUUAUGCCUGAGCUUAUGUCUAUAUAUUUAGCUGUGUUUUGAUGCUGAAGAUGGUGCUUCUUAGUAUCAUGGCGCCAUUCAAGAUUUGCACCACAGGUGAGGGGAUGCAUUUAGUGUGCGUAACCUGCCACAAUUAUUUAUUGUUUGUUGAUUUCACCAAAGUUAUAUACUACUUGGUUGUAAUAAAAUCUCCAAGUGGCUUAUAGUUAUGUAGUCAUGUUCUUCAUAUAUCUAUAUAUGUAUCUGUGUGCAUGUACUCCCAGAGCAUAUAUAUAUAUAAAAUACAUUUUACUUUAUAUAUAUAUAUGUAUGUUAGGGGGGUGUGCAGUAGGCCCCCCCACAGUUGCAUUUGCUAAGUUAUACGCAGAGUAGGCCCAUUGAAAUCAUAUCGACUCAAAUUAGCCAAGUGCAUUGGUGUCAGUAGGUUUGCACUGAGGAUGACUUAGCCAGAUACGACCCAUAUAUAGACAUGCAGAAAGAGUCUUGUGAAGCAUUGAAGGCCAAUAAAUUUAUUAAGUCUUAAUAAGUCUUAAUGGGCUUAUGAGGGGCAUCUGAUGCAGUGGACCGAAGUCUAGCGAAGCUUCUAUGUCCCAAUAAGCCAGCUUUCAAAUUCCACAAUACUUUUUUUUAAAAAAAAAGCUUAUUCUAUAGGAAGCCAGCACAGCUAACCCUCUGGGAAACAUACCUAGUUUCAGAGUAAAUAAUAGAUCACACUACAUUUGUUUUUUCACUACAGCUGAGAUUUGUUGGGCAGGCGGUGGAUUGUUCCCACCACAUCAUAUGCACACUAUUUUUAUAACCCAUUUCAAAUUAUGUAAUCAUAUUCUCUCUUUCUGUUUUAAAAAAAAUACAUUCUUGCAGCACACCAUAUAGCUCAUACUCCUUUAUAUUCAAGAUUUCCUUUAAAGGUGAGGGGAUAUGUGGAGCUCCCCAUCCUCUUGGGGGCAACCCAUCUACAAUUAUAUAGAAAUGUUCCUCACAUAUUGGGGGGGAUACCAUAUUGUGUUGCUACUUGCAUCCUGGCCUGUUCAAGGUUUUCACUAUAGUUGAGGGGGUAUUUGGGGGCAAGGACACCCACUCAGAAGUUUUAUUCCAUUAUUCCCUCUUUGGAAAUGAAAAAAGUUUGAUGCAGUAUUCUGAGAUUAUAUCAGGCUGAGCAAAGGAAUGUUUAGGUUGUGGGAGAAGAGUUCUCUACUUAUGGUUUAUGUAGCAAUAUUCUCCCUCUUAAAGGAAAUGUGUAAGGGUUUUUCAGAUUACAUCAUUGCUGCUUUAAACUUUCUUCUACAGGCGCAUUUCACUUUGGUAUAAACCACCCACAAUUCAUACAGCAAAAUUCUAAAGUUGAUUUAUUACCUCCCCAGAGGACCGCAUACAGCACUCUCCCUCGUAUAUCUAGGAUUUCCCUAUAACUGCAAGGAGAGAUAUGGGGAGCCCCCCUCCCCAUUCCUCCACCAGCAGCUAAUAUUGUGAUACAUUGCAUCAGAGAUAAUGCUACUCUUUAGAAUGGUUGGUUCAAGACUGGCUACAGCUGUAGGGGAUGGAUAUUAUUAAUAUACAGUAUUACCAUAUGUCUUAAUUGUUUUUCAUGGCCUAUUCAAGGCUUUGUUUUAGCUUCAGGCUUUUAGUCAUUUCCAGAUUCCUCUUUCCCUGCAUGUUAAUGAAAGAAAAGUGAGUGUAAUGUUAUAAAAUGUAGGGAGUUGUUUGUUUUUUAAAUCCUACCUUUCUUCCAUCAUGGAACCCAAGGCAAUGGGGUGCAUGGGGUUCCCAGGGAGUCUUCUAUUAAUACACUGCUCCAACCCAGGCCUGGUUAGUGGUAGCCCCCUGUACCUUCAGACCAUACCCUAUGUGGGAUCCUUCACUUGGAGACACCUUACUCACUCGCCUGUUCUCAUAAGCGCCCCUCUUUUUUCUAUUAGACAGGUAAAAAGAAGAUUUGACAGUCAGCAGGCAGGGUUGGAAUAUAUGCCUGUGUGUGGCCUUCCUUCCCCAAAGGGAUGAUUAAGGGGGUAUUGAAUACAGAUGAAAACUGGGAGCCCCUUAUUAUCCCCCCCCCCAGUUAUAAGUUGGAGAAGCUUGAUUUUGAUUUAUUUAUUUUUUAACCACCCUGUGUAACUGACUUUAGUUUCCGCUGAACGUAACAUUUUUUUUGUUCUGCUGUGGCUGAUUCCCCUCCUUCUCUCCUAGAAGAUGGUUAUGUUGCUACUGGGACUUUAUGAAGCGUAAGCUGCCUUCAGAAUUUCAUGUUAAUAAGAUAAAAGUUGGGGGGGUGUACAGUUUUAUUGGGGGCCCUGUCUUCUCUUAGAGGCAAUGCCCCCGCCCCCAAGUAUCAUGGGCAAUCUCUACCUUCUUGAAUAUAAUGGUAUUGGUAGAUAUUUUCAUUAAGUAGGGUUGCUUUUUAAAAAAUGAAAAUAACCAAUCUACUCUACCAACGUGGGCUGCCAUACGUUUGGAUUUUCCCAGACAUUUCAGCGAUUUCCGCCCGGACACUGCUUAAGGGGGCUGACUACCAGACAUACGGCAACCCUCCAUUAAGAAGCUCCUGAUUCAGUCUAUUCCCUCUCAAGCUCUCCCCUCAAUCAUCACCUCCAUGAAGAUGGAAUAGAGAGGAGGACUUGUGUCCAGGAAGUGUCUUUAUCUCCUAGCAGGUUAUCCAUGAAACCGUUGCAUUGAAAUGGUCCUGCUUAAUAAAGCCUGAUAUUCCCUGACAAAAGUAGCAGAAAAUGUUUCUCAGUAUUCUUUGGAUUGGAGGCAGUUCUCCCAACCUGGUGGUUUUUUUGUGUUGCAGCCAACCGAGUUCUACUUAGAGAAGACGAGUUGAAAUUAGUGGACUUAAGUUGUAUGGAUUUCAAUGAGAGUCUGUUCUUGAGUAGGACUAGCACUGCUUGCAACACUUGGGAGCGGAUUUAUUGGGUGUGGGUGCAACAGUUAGAAACAAGAUUGAAGCACUUCUGUUGCUCUCUGAUCAAUGUCUUGUUAGGACUGGUGUACAAGUCAGCUGGUCUUUUUCUGUUUCUUCCCCUGUUCAGAGCAAACCAGUUCCUAAGAACGUCUGUUUCAUUUAAACGUUUUUGUUGAACAUCGACAAAGAGUGUCUAUUUAACAGGAGAAUAUGAAGAGUUUUGUAGCAGUUGGAAGGAUGUGUUGGACGUGCUGAGUUUGGAUUCCCUUACUGGCUCCGUGAAUUAAAAUGUUUUGGUCCAUGGGAUGGCUAAAAAGAUUGCCUACAGGGCCAGCUUCUCUGCAAGACCAGUUACCCUCCUUACUAGUGGGUGCUUUGAGUUUUCUGUGCUGAGUGAGUUUGGGAGAUGUCAGCAGAAAGGGGAAAAAAUGUGUCCUCAUUUUAGUCUUGUUAGUUGGGCAAUGUUCCCAUGAGCUGGAGAAAAAGUCACUGGUUUUUCCAUUGCAUGAAUUAAACCCAGCAUGGACAGCUUUCUUAGUCAACCUUGGGUGGGGAUUUUCGUUUUGCAUGCUGCUGGCUUGGCGGACGAUUUGUUCCGGUGCUUGGCAGUGGCCUAAGGUUGCAGUGCCUGCGUGGAAUAGGGUCACUUCCAUUUAAGAAGGAGAAGAGGUGGUUUGUGCUGUAAAAUGAGGAAUUAGGUCAGUGCGAGGUUGCCACUAACGUGGCCUAGAACAGCAAUAUAGCAGCUUCAGGGGUGGGGUUGUGGGGAAACGAAAAAUGAUAUUGGACCUUUCAUAUCUUCCGGGAUUCUGCACCUGACCGAACACAUUUGGCGUUUAAGCUUCUGUGGAUGCACAAAUUGGGUCUUACUAAACUCACCACGGAGAUCAAAACAGGACUCUUUCUCAUGCGUUGGAAGUGUCGAAUAUACUCCCUAUUUUGGUCAUACUGGUGGUUUAUAGACAUUACUGAAUCUUUCCAUACAGAAAACUUUUAACUUGUCAUCCUUCUCUGAGGAACACCUCAGAAGGACUUUGUUGCUGUCUGAAUAUUUGCACAUGCAACCGAGCAUGUAUGGCUUUAAAACAUUUUGCUUGUUCUGUGAUUUAUUCUGUGUAGCAUUAAUCCGUGUAGCAUUAAAGAUUGUGAACCCCUUAGCACAAUGAGAGGUUGGUCUUUUGCAGGACACCACCUGUUUGAUACUCUUCAGGUUCUUGUGAAUAAGCUCAGCAAGGGGUGUGACUUGGCUGGAGCUCCUGCUCCAUUUUCUAGGCAUGUGCAAUCUCUUCCCAUCCCCAUGGAGAAAUUCUGUGAGUCCUAUCUCAUGUUGCAAGUCAGCCCUGCCCUUAAUUUUGCCCAAUCCCUCUCCUCGGUCUGUAAUAGGAACAUGCUACUGGUUCCCUACCUUAACAGUGUUGCUGGAUCAGGGCAGUGGCUCAUCUAGUCUGACGUCUUGUUCUCACAGUGGCCGACCAGAUGCCUUUGGGAGCCCGCAAGUAGGACCUGAGUCCAACAGCACACUGCCCACCAGUGAUUCCCAGCAAAGUGGUAUUCAGAGGCAUGCUGCCUCUGAGUCUAAACUGAAUCACGCCAUAUAAAUGCUCUUACAAUGAUGAUUUAAGCUAGCCCUGGGAAAGAUAAGACUCCGUUUACUGGUACUGAAAGGUGAAUAUGAGCCUUUUUGUGUAUUUUAAAGUUGCACUUAAAAUAUCUAAAGCCUUCCCAGGAAAUGUAGCCCUGAUUUCUUCUUAUACAAGUGAAACAGCACAGAGUUGAAGCUGGCAUGCUUUUACACUGGAUGUAAUUUCUAGCAUUCAAAUCACUGAGGUAGUGGUGAUCAGAGGGAGAAUGGCCCUCCCCUCUCACACCUUGCAUGCCUGUGGGUAAUGUGGCAUGAUCUUAACUUGGCUUUGGAGGAUGACGCUUGUGAGCUGUACCCAAUGCUAGUCCUACUUGUAGUGGACCCAAUGAAAAGGAUGUUCUUGAACCCAUGAAUUACAGUGGGUCUCCUCUAGAACUUAGUUGGAGACAAACCCUGUGGAUUUCACCAAGGGCCUCCAGCCUUUCCUGCCCACCUCCCAUCACUUUGAAUACUAUUUAGGUCCAAAUCCUUCAACUAUUAUGGUCAUGAUCUGGCCCUAUUCUUUAAGAUUGGGUGUGGGAGCAAGUCAAGCCCUUAUUGCAUGAGAGGAAGUGAUGUAGGGCUCUGUGUGCAGGGCCAUCCCACCCGUGAGACAAGAUGAGAUGACCGCCUCAGGCAGCAGGGUCCAUCUGGCCUCCAAGGAAUGCAUCUCUUACAGCAGAGGUGGCUGUGGCAUGCUGCUUAGAGGCUGGAUCUUCUGCUUCCUUGGCAUCCUUCCCAGUGCCCCCUCCACAGUGGCCUCUUGGCAAACAGGCACUGUUGCUGGUCUCCUCCCACCCCUAGGGAGGAAAUGGCAGGGGCUGCCCUCUGGAGUCCCCAGGGCUCUGCUCGGUGUGAUUCAGGGCCCUCUCCUCCCUUGUUCUCGAUGUAGAUCUUGAUUCCCUGCUUGUUCCCUGUGUAGAUCUUCACUGACCCCUUCUUCCUUGGCAGGUGGGGGGCAGGACGGGAUGAGAUGCCCCUUUGUGGUUUGCCUCAGGUGCCAAACUGUCUUGGACCAAAUGAUGCGUUGUAUCCAGCUAGGUUAUCCUCUACGGAUAUCAGGGGGCCCAAGUUAGCCACGUCCUUUAAUCUCAGUGGGUUCACACUGUGCUUGACUAACCCUAGGAGUCAGAGUCCAGGAAACUUAAAUAAACAGAAGAGUUUUAAAGAUUGUUCCUGUCUCUGCCUCACAAAUUCCUACCCAGUUGGGGAAGUCAGAUGCUUGUGUGCCCUGUUUACAGGCUUGCUAAAGAUAUCUGGCUGGCCACAUAUGCAAGCAAGUAGGCAGGGCUAAGAGAGAUCUUUGGACUUGUCCACCAGUCAUUUCUUGAUAUACACAUUUUUUAAAAAUCAAAAGUUUUGAAUUUCCUGGCCUGGGAAAUUUGCAGCAACAAAUGUCAUCUAAUCCAGUGGCUGUCAGCAAACAGUUUAGAGAAUGAGUUGUUCUUUUUAGUAGUGUCUGAUGGAAAGUACUGGAUAUUUAGGAUGCACUUGAGAACAAGAUAGUUUUUGUUUAGCAGCUAGGGAUAUGGCAGGAUUAGGCAACCAGUGUACAGAACAACAGGUGUUUCUUGGAGGAAACAAGAACAAACUUUCAUGUUGACUAGUAUUCAUCGAAGAGGCACUAUUCAGUGAUCAAGACCUAUAUAUUUUAGAACAGAGGUGGAAAAUCUUCGGCCCCCCUUCCAAAUGUGGCCCUCAAUGCCUCUCUGUCUGGUCCUCUGGACUUCCUCCAGGUCAUGAAUCUCCCUGACUUAGCGCCUUCCUCAAAUGAUUUUGCCUAGCUGGAAUGUGUCCUUCAAAAGCUUGCCUGGAUGAAAGACUGAAGUGUGUGGGAACUUCUGCUUUUCCAUGGCUGGAAUGCACCUUGCUGCACAAAGAUUAGAGUCACCUUGAUUCCCUGUCUGGGGGGAAAGGUGAGAAACGAAUGAAUGAAUGAAUGAAUGAAUGAAUGAAUAAUACAAUAGGUUGCUUAUGAGGUAAUGCGACCCUGAGGCUGGAAAAAAGUUGUUUGCUUUAGAGGAAAAACCCUGGAAUCAUGAUUUACAAUCAAUAUCCGUAAGCAUAGGAAUGAUUCCUUUUUUACAACAAGUGUUAUAAUUUCAGCACCACUGAUGGCGUUUUGCCACGUCAACAGGUGCCAUUGUGCUAUUAAUUUCUGAGUUGCAGAAGUUAACAAAAGUUCACUCUACGUGACAUAAAAUCUACUGAGGGCACUUUUCUUGCUUUCCUUUGCCCCAGUUUCAUUCUGGUUAUUGUGACCGUUCUGCUAGGUUCUGUGCCUCGUUCCCAAGAGCCAUGUGCCCCACUUCUAAGAGACCAGACUGAGGAGUUUGCUUUCCCAGAAGUCUUGUUUCCAGCUGCUAAAUAGUCUGCUGCUCUUCUGUGGCUUCUAAGCUGAAGGUGGGAUGGUGCUUUGCAGUGGGCCAGGGGGAAACACGUUCUUUCCCCUGGUAGGCUGGUGACACAUAGGGAUGCAGUUAGGCAAGGUAAAGGUAAGGGGACCCCUGACCAUUAGGUCCAGUCGUGGACGACGCUGGGGUUGCGGCGCUCAUCUCGCUUUAUUGGCCAAGGGAGCUGGCGUACAGCUUCUGGGUCAUGUGGCCAGCAUGACUAAGCCGCUUCUGGCGAGCCAGAGCAGCGCACGGAAACGCCGUUUACCUUCCCGCUGGAGCGGUACCUAUUUAUCUACUUGCACUUUGACGUGCUUUCGAACUGCUAGGUUGGCAGGAGCAGGGACUGAGCAACGGGAGCUCACCCUGUCGCGGGGGUUCGAACCGCCGACCUUCUGAUCGGCAAGUCCUAGGCUCUGUGGUUUAACCCACAGCGCCACCCGCGUCCCUACAGUUAGGCAAAGUGGUGAAUAAUUGUUAGCUGGCAUCGUAAUCCUCAUCCCCAAAAUUUAUAACUUGCAAAAAUGCCUAAAGUAUUCUGGGCAUUGACAGGAAGAAGACAUACUGGUCCCUGCAUACAGCAGAGAGAAAGUGUUGAUUUAACCCAAGCCAGACCCUUGGUCCAUCUAGCUUAGACUUGUCUACACUGACUGGCAGCAGCUCUCCCCACCCUACACAGAGAUGCCAGGGAUCAAACCUGGGUGCCACCUCUUUGCCCAUUUGCAGUCUAAAAAAAAUAAAAUUUAGAGAGAAGAGGGGAUUUGGAGGGGGGACCUUUGCACUGGAGAGGUCAGAGUGUUUCUUUUAAAGUAGAACCUUUGCAAUAAUUAACCCGCGGGGAGGAAAAGGAAUUGCCUCAGAACACCAAGAAGGAAAAACAAAAGUUUUGAGUCACUUUGUAAAGCGGAGCAAAGGAGACAAGAAAGGGGAGGAGGCCAGGACAGGUAGGGCCAAUUGAUGUUGUAGUCCAGUAACAGUGGGGCGGAGACAAAGGCAGAGCAAAGUCUCCAGAGUUCACAUUCUGCGUGCAGGAAGUCCCCUGGCAUCUCCAGGUUGGUGAAAGCCUUUGCCCUUGGACACUGGAGUAGAUUACACAUGCCAGGCCAGCCUUCCCCAGUAGCUGACUGGGGGCUGUUGGGAGUCAUAGUCCAAAACAUCUGGAGGGCACCAGGUUGGGGAGCACAGGGCUAGGGGACCAGUGGCCUGCCUGAUAAGACAGCUUCCCACACCCAUAAGCUUCCAGACAAGGAGCCUUCCUGGCCCCCCUCCAGAGAUGAUUGAACUGCCCUGGCAGCCAGAAUAUUGAACCCUCCAGCUUGAAAGCCCCUUUGCUUCCCAUCCUGUCCUUGUUGCACACAGCGAAUCAUGAGGUCACCCGCUUGCCUGUGCAACAGAACAAAAGCUAAACUCUUUAUCAUGCAGUACAAAGAUACCCGUCCUUUAAAGGCUGGUUUUUAAUUUUGCCGGAGCUGCUGCCGGGAGCAUACAAAGUGGAGGGUCUCUGUUCUUUCGGAGUCGCUUCUGAUAACAGAACUUGCCCUUCUGUGCACUGUGAAGGGAUCUAGUAAGGUCCCCCACCAGAUAGGAUGACGAUAUUCCCUUGCAGUCCUGCUCGGUGGCUCUGCCAUUACUGGAGUGGAAUUGGCAGCAGCGGCCCCCCUGCUCCCACACCCGUGCCAGUAAAUGUGACUUGGCUCAUAAAUCCUGGCCGCUCUCCUUCUUCCCCUUCUUGGUUUCUCUUUCUUUUUUUACUGUUCCGCUAUCAGCCGAAAGCCCUUGAGGGAGGAUCGUAAACCAUUCCUGCGUUCUGGGCAUCACCUCCUUGUAGAGUGGAUAGGUUACUUAAUAGGAGGGUGUCAGGCACCUUGAAAAAGUUAUUGCGUGGGCAAAGCUACUUGAGGCAAGAUGACGCUUUCCUUUUCCUCCACCACCAGUGCCCAAGAUCUGGGAAACCUGGAUCCCUGCCCCAGCAGAGGUCCCUUACUGUCCUAUGUAGGAUUUGUGACAGUGAUUGCAUCUUUAAGGCCACACCACCCUGAUUUGUGGAGGAGGAGAAGAAGGUUGAAUAGUGCAGCUGCUCAGGCCCAUAUGAAUAAUAAUAAUAAUAAUAAUAAUAAUAAUAAUAAUACAGUGGUACCUCAGGUUAAGUACUUAAUUCGUUCCGCAGGUCCGUACUUAACCUGAAACUGUUCUUAACCUGAAGCACAACUUUAGCUGAUGGGGCCUCCUGCUGCCGCCGUGCCGCCGGAGCACGAUUUCUUAUCCUGAAGCAAAGUUCUUAACCUGAAGCACUAUUUCUGGGUUAGCGGAGUCUGUAACCUGAAGUGUCUUUAACCUGAAGCGUAUGUAACCCGAGGUACCACUGCAAUAAUAAUAAUAAUUAAUUUAUUAUUUAUACCCCGUCCAUCUGGCUAGGUCUGCCCAGCCACCCUGGGCGGCUUCCAACAAAGUAUUAAAAUACAGUGGUCUGUUAAACAUUAAAAGCUUCCCUAAACAGGGCUGCCUUCAGAUGUCUUCUGAAGGUUCCCUGGGCAUGGUUUUAGGAUUGGGCGGAGAGGAUUGGACAAAGUCACAAGGGAGAAGGCUGUCAGUGGCUGCUAGCCACAGAGGCUAUUCUCUGCCUCCACGGUCAGAGGCAGCAACGCUCCUGAACAUCUGAACGCUUUGCAACAUCUGCCUGAUGCAUUCAGCCGGACAGGAAGUGAGCGUUACUUGCAAGUAAAGCCUGCUGAGGAUGGCAGCCUUUAGUUACCUGCUUUCUCCGCGGUCUCAAUGAGCCGAGGGGAAUGCAAAGCUUGACGAAGGCAUAGAAUCGGUCUCUGAAAGCAAGGCGGUGUCCCAUCUACGUUGGGAUAUUUUCACAGUGCUCGAGCUUGGGAGAGGGUGCCAGAAAAUGGCUCGGUGAAGGGAUCGGCAGAGUGAGCAAGGCCAAAAUAUUUCUGUCUUGUGGGUUGUCUUAUCACUUAAAAAAACCCAAAAAACAGCUGCAGGAUUCUGCAUUAGGAUAGGGUGUUUUGUGGGUGCUUCUGUACUUGCUCAGGAAGUGGAGUGUUGGACUCUCCCCCCCCCCGCCUGAGAAGCUCACAAAUAGUGUAUGAAGGGUGGUAAAAGGUAAAGGGACCCCUGACCAUUAGGUCCAGUUGUGACCGACUCGGGUUGCGGCACUCAUCUCGCUUUAUGGGCCGGCUUCCGGUACAGCUUCCGGGUCAUGUGGCCAGCAUGACUAAGCCGCUUCUGGCGAACCAGAGCAGCGCACGGGAACACCAUUUACCUUCCCGCCGGAGCAGUACCUAUUUAUCUACUUGCACUGGCGUGCUUUCGAACUGCUAGGUUGGCAGGAGCUGGGACUGAACAUCGGGAGCUCACCCCAUUGCAGGGAUUCGAACUGCUGACCUUCUGAUCGGCAAGCCCAAGUAGCUCAGUGGUUUAAACCACAGCGCCAUCCGUGUCCCUAUGAAGGGUGGUAGCCCUCCCUUAUUGUUAAUUCCCUGCAUCUGGUAGUCAGAGAUAGACUGUCCCUAAACCCAGAGGCUCUAUAAAGUCAUCACCUUUUUAGCUCUGCUGUCUAAAUUUGUGGCCUUAGAUAAAUUUCACAGCUUAAUUAACGGGUUUUAAGAAGUACCCUUCCUUUUGUGGACUUACUGCCAUUCAGCUUCUUUGGGUGAUCCACAGCUCUCGUAUUCAGUGGGGGAAAGACUGCUUCCUUAUACUGUUUAAUAAUGAUACGAACCUCUUUCCCACCUAUCUAGCCGUUAAACGCUUUUAUAAGAAGAAGAAAGAAAAGGCCCCCAAUGUUAGCCUUUCCCCAGUGGAGAAACGGCUCUGUCCUUUGAUAAUUUUUGUUACCCUUUUCUGCAUCUCUUCUAGCUCUACUGUAUCCUCUUUGGGAUGAGGGGGGCGGUAUGCUGAGUUCUGGCCAAUCACGAAAUGCCUUGGGUAGGGUUAGUUAGUCAAAGUGUUCUUUCCUGGCCUCCUACACCCCAUCUGUGAAAUGGGCAUAAUAGAGUCUGCCCUAAACGAUUUGAGCCACAAGUAUACGAAAGAGUGCCUCCUUCCGUACAGACUAGCCUGGGGGUUAUGAUCGGUGAAAAAGACCCUCCUGGUGGUUCUGUUGCCCUCAGACAUUUGAGGGGUGGGAGUGGCUCUUGAGAGGGUCUCCUCGGUGGUGGCCCCAAGAAUGCAGAACUCACCGCCCAUAAAGAUAUGCCUGGCAGCAUCUCUCUAUAGUUUCUGGUGGUUGAUGCUUUCAAGUGCUUCAAAGCACUGGCUGUUUAAAAUUAAUAUUUCAAUACAAACCAUCAUAUUAAUGUUUUUAACACUCUUAAAACAGUUUCACAACUAUGUUCUUUUGUUCUCAUUUAAUUUCCGAAACCACCUUCAGCAUGACCCCACAACGUUUGCAGUGUGGUUUAGUGGCUGAAGCUCUUCCCAAAAGAGCAAAGACUGUGUUCCUUUGUUGCAGACUUCCUAAUUGAAACAAAACAAAUUACGCGAAAGCAUGCGAGAGGAAAGCGGUGCGGGCAAAUCCCUCGCGGGGCUCUUGCUCCAUUACUUGGACUGCUUCCAGGCUGUUGCCCCAAAGGAAAUAGCUGGCAGUGCUUGGCCUGCGCUGGAAGGUGCCUCGCCAGCACCAGACGUCUUUAGGAGGCUUGUUAAAUUGAAAUUCCCCCGUGCUGAGAAUUCUGGAUCUGCCGGAGCCGAAGCAAAUGUGCUUGUGUGAGAUCCGGCUGGCGUGCAGUUUCUUUGGGAGCACAUUUUUGCUGUGCCUCAGUUUCCCCAGGCAAGGCGCUGCAUUGGGCGGCUGUGUGGGGAAGAAGAGAUAUCUGGAGGGAAUCAGCUUUUCAGAGCAUAGCUGCAGUCCUUAGCUCAUUUGCCUUCCCGACCAGUGGUGGCUGGUGCCCACUGGGAGAGUUGGGUUUUGUCCCCCAUCCUCCUGCUGCAUUCAACAAUAUUGAUGCUAAGGAGGAGACUUACAUGCCAGCCGUGUAAGCGAGAAGACAGGCCGGUGGGCUUGGAGGAGGCUGGUGCGGCAGUGCCCCAUUGGUGUCGUAGACCAGCCUCCCCUGCUUCCCACAACCUUGAGAAGUACACCAGUGCACUUGAAAGAAUUUAUACCAGUGACAAAAGAUCUGUGCUGGCUGUCUAUUAGUUACUAAACGAAGGUCAGUGCUUUGCUGCUGCCAUUGCUCCACCUCCUCCUUUUAUUUAUUUAUUUUUAUACAUCCCACCUUCCCCCCGAGAACCAGGACUCAAGGCUGCUCACAGAAAUGAAAACAAAUACUGAUAAAACACACUUUCUGCCUAAAAUGCAGAUUGGGGGAAAAAGGUACCGCCUGCACAACUUGGCAGUGAUGAGAGCUAUGCCCAGUGAAGGGGGCCUUUUUGUACAUCGUGGCAGAGCCUGCCCGCUGUUUCCGUUCCUCAGCUCAGCCUCAGGGUGGGUCAUGAACCAGUGACCCGAAGGAUGUUCGGCUGCCCAAAGGCCAGCCACCUUUCACCAAGAGGUGGGGAAAUUUGCAGAGAGAAAAGAGAAGCGAGGGGCCUUUGGCUCCAUAGGCCAAAGCAAAUCGAGCGGCAGCCCCUGGUCCGGCACUGGGCCUGCCUGAUAGCCAGUGUCUUGGCGGUCAGUCGGUGGCUAAUGUUUUGAACAGGAGAGCAAGCAAGCAGGAUGUUCUGCUGUGCUGCAACCGGGCAAGGGCCGGCAGGAAGAGAGAGGCUGCCAAAUUCUCAUUAUUUAUACCAGGCCUGUCCAGUGCCCCUGCCUUACCCUCCUCGCUGAUUGCAAGAGUUGAUCUUGUGCACCUAUGCCUGGGGAGGGAUAGAUAGAGCACCCCCCCAUCCCCUGACAGCAUGUAUGUUUUAAACAGAUGUCAUAUAUUUAGAUAGUUUUAGUUCUAUCAGUGUUUAAUUGUAUUUUAACGAUUGAAAUUUUCUGUGUUUUUAGCAGUUCUUGUUUUUAUCCGUAAGCUUCCUAGAGUCCUGUCAGGAGGAAAAAGGCGGGUUAUUAAUAAAUAUAAUAACAAUGAUGAUAAUGUCCAAGCUCUGCCGAUAGAUAGAUAGCUAGCUAGAUAGAUGAUAGAUAGAUAAAUAAAUAAAUAAAUAAGAAAUCCACAGAUCUGCUUGGCUUGGCCUCAGUUUGGAAUCGCUCUCCUUCUCCAAACAAUCCGCCCUGGGGACAAGGCAGGUCUGCUGCAACAACAAGAGGUUCCUUGUGGGAAGGGACAGAUUUCAGGUCCCAGGGGCCAGAACCAGGAAACGUCCCCGAGAUUCAGAGCGUGGCAACUCCCUGGUGCUUGUUUUUCCUUUCUUCCAUAAGAAGGAAGAGAAUCGAAGCACAACAAACCCGAACAAUUAAUUCAUUCACUAAAAAAAAAAGGCAGCGGUAGCACCAGCGGCCGCUGGCGAUCUCUUCCCUCUGUGCUUUCCCGUUCCGCAGAUCUGCAGCUCUUGGCUUUCGCUGCUGGUUGUUCCCAGCUGGGUUGCCAUGGAGACCUGACUGCAAAAGGUCCUAGCCUUUCCGUCCCCUCUGCUGUGGCAUGUGGAGAUGCCAUGGGAGGGUCGGGAGCCGGAUCGGGGCCAGGGACCAGCAGCUUCAUCCCCAGGGUCGAAGGGGCAGUUGUGCCGUGUUCUUAAAUAGCCAUGCAUGCAGCCAGUGACUCUGUCAUUCUGGCAAGGUGAGCUCCAGGGAACUGGUUCUGUGUUGAUCUCUCCCCGACUGGCCCAAGUGCUGUCCUGUGGGGGGGGGGGUCUUCCCUGCCCCUGGGUCUGACCGUCGUGGUGGCUGCAGCUGACGUAGCAAAGGAGCUCUGUGUAGUUCCUUCACUCUACAAAGCGUGGCUUUGGUUGUUGCUCCCAGCUGGCUGCUGCAGAGAUUGGCUUUGCUCAUGUUCGCCUCCAUGUUUUAGCUGUGCAUGUCAACGCAGGAACAAGGAGUUUAGCUGCAAAAAGGAAGAGAAAGGAGGGUACAGGUUGCAUCUAGGGAACAUCAGAAGCUGUCUGACACCAAGCCGAAGCAUUGGCACUUCCAGCUCAGUAUUGUCUUCGCUUCCUAGCAGAGGCACCCGGGAGUUUUCAGACGGGCCGCAUUCCCAGCAGUGCCCCAUUGACGACCCUGAUGGACCCAUUGGCUCCCCUGCAGUCACCCACCAUGCCUAGAGCAGCUUUGCUUCAGUCAGGUUGCAAAAGCCCCAUGUACCUUCAGACUGUAGCAUAAAGGUUAAACUGUCUGCUUAGAUAAAUGGCAGCAAAACAAGGCAGAGCAAUUUUUAAAAAACCUGACUACAGGUGGGAGUUGGAAUCCUGCAACAUCGGAACGGCGUCCUGAGUCCAGGCUCCCCACUGCUGGCUAAUCCAGCCUCCCUUAGAAGGGAAUUGCGUCAUCCUGGUGCUGCCACUGAGAGAGACCCGUCUCCCACACAGCCUCCCCUGUCUCACCUGGAGCAUGGUCUCCAGCCAUGAGCUGAACUCACAUUCUGCAAUGGUUUUAGGCUUCCAAUAACCUGGGGGAUGAGUGACAGUGGACAGAUGAAGUCAUUUCAGUGGCAAUUUGUUCAGAUUGUAAGCUAUUUUACUCUUUUGAAAUGAACUUGCCCUGGCACGGCCCUUGAAGUAAAACACAAAUUUGGAUCUCUAGUUCAUGGGCAGGCAGUUUCCUUGCGAUGAAUGAGGCCUGGGAUUGGCUCACACCUUGUUUUUUUAUUUAUUUAUUUCAGCAGCAGAUAAUGUCCAUUUAGCCGGCAUGUUGCUGGCGUGAGAGCCAGGACACCCACCACUCUUUAAACUGUUGAAUAAACUAUUUUAGAUGCCUUUAGCCAACAAUCUUGCCAACCGAAUAAACACAGCUAAAUUUAGUUCUGUAGCGGGAAAAGAAAGGCAAUACUCCUCCUUGGAGGUCUGUGAGGGAACUGUGGUCAGGGUGUGCUGGCGGACGUGAGCCUUUUGAAAACAGACUCGCUUGUUGUGGUCAGUUUUCUCGGGCCUGUGUGGUCAAGACCACAUUUGACAGCCUCCUCUCCACUGCAUCCUGCAGCUGUGACUUUAUAGGUGAAGAUUCCUGCAUUAAUCCUACUACUACUGUACUAAGGGAUGUGGGUGCCGCUGUGGGUUAAACCUCAAAGCCUAGGGCUUGCCGAUCAGAAGGUCGGCGGUUUGAAUCCCCGUGACGGGGUGAGCUCCUGUUGUUUGGUCCCUGCUCCUACCAACCUAGCAGUUCAAAAGCACGCCAAAGUACAAGUAGAUAAAUAGGUACUGCUCCAGCGGGAAGGUAAAUGGCGUUUCUGUGCGCUGCUCUGGUUUGCCAGAAGCGGCUUAGUCCUGCUGGCCACAUGACCCGGAAGCUGUACGCUGGCUCCCUCGGCCAGUAAAGCGAGAUGAGCGCCGCAGUCCCAGAGUCGUCCACGACUAGACCUGAUGGUCAGGGGUCCCUUUACCUUACUACUGUACUACAUUUAUUACAUAUACCCUGCCCAUCUGACUGGGUUGCCCCAGCCACUCUUGGCCGAUGGGGGUUGGACUAGAUGACCCUUGGGAUCCCUUCCAACUCUACAGUGCUAUGAUUUUAUGAUUCACAGGUGGGACUCUGCCUUGUUCAGGAUUAGGUGUGGAUAUUUUGUGCCUGUAUGUAUUAAACGAAGCUGGAGGCUCUGCCAGGGUGCAGGCCUUGUAACAAUCCUCCCCUUGCCUGCUGGCCCUGCUUUGCACCUCCUUGAGUGUCUUUGCCUGGCCUGAAUAUGCCCUUGAACUCUCACUGUGUGACUUGCUCACCUGGGUGGGGGAUAGAGAGGGGUGUGUGUAGAAACUAGCUUACUGUACCAAGGUAAAAUAUCUGUCCUCUGCCCACAUGUAUGGUGUGCAAACCCUGGAAGAUUGCCCAGAAGACUUAAAAAGCCCCCGCCCCAGGCUUAAACGUGAAACCUGUUUGCUGUAGGUGAGCUGCAGACUAUGAUUUUUCAUCAUCAUCAUCAUCAAACCUUUAUUGGCAUCACUUACAAACAUUCAGAAUAAAUAGGCCAGUGCGAUCUCGUCGCCAUUUCAACAGUACGGUCAUUUGCCAAAGGGAAGAUGAGGUGAGCAAUCUAUUUAAUCUCUGUGGGUCUCCAGCAAGGGCAGGAUCCUGUAGCGUACCUUGGCGACAAAAAAAUCAAAUAGAGGAACUUAGCUAGUGUCUUGGUGAGCUCCUGGUCUCUCCCCUGUAAUAAGAAGCGUAUAACCUCUGUCUCUGGUUUCCAUGUUGGAAUACACAGAUGGUCUAGAAAUUGUUGGCGGAGAUCAUACAUUUUACAUUUAAGGACCAUUUGAACUAGAGUUUCCACCAGGUGGGCAUCACAUGGGCAGAUCCUAUCUCCUUCUGCCAUACCUGCAAACCUACCCCAAACCAUGAUUUUCCCCUGCAGACAUUCCCUGGCUGAGCUAGCAUCCCAGGUAGUCCCGUCCUUUUCCCUGAGACCGUAGACAUCGGCUGCCAGAGUCGAUAGCUCUGGGCUACAUGAAUGGUUGGCUUGACUGAGGCAGCAGCGCUUCUGUGUUCCACUUGCUGGAAAAUCUGUGAGGGGGUGUGUGCUCUAGUGCUCAGGCCCUGCUUGCUGUUUUCCCAUAGGCGUCUGCUUGGCCACUGUGAGAACAUUAUUCCAGACUAGAUGAUCCAUUGGCUUGAUCCAGCAGCCUCUUCUUUUGUUCCUACGACUUGGGAUAAGGCACCACCCAUUGAGCCUUCUGGGGGACUCCGUUCACAUCAGCUUCCUAGCUUCUGUCUUUCCGUCUUGAAGUCCUGGCAAGUCCUUUCUGAAAACGUGGAUACUAUGGUUUAGCAUUGUAGGCUGGCAAAGACAUCAAUUGGUGUAAAUCCUAUACAGUGGUACCUCUGGUUGAGAACGGGAUCCAUUCGGAGCCCCAUUCGCAACAUGAUCAGAAUGCAACCUACGUGCACGGGUUGCUAUUCGCUGCUUCUGCGUGUGUGCGUGACGUCAUUUUGAGCGUCUGCGCAUGCGCGAGUGGCGAAACCCAGAAGUAACCCUUUCUGGUACUUCCGGGUUGCCGCGGGGCGCAACCUGAAAAUACGGAAACUGAACCAAACGUAACAAGAGGUUACACUGUACAUUUAUUUAAAAAAUCCCUGUCCUCUGACUUUCUUGUUUUAGGACCUCGGAGGAAGGACCUUUAAUGAUGAAUUUUAUGGUUUGGUGUAUAUAUCCCACCUUCCCAUUGCUUCUCCCCCAGCCAUUCAGACUUACUUUGCGCUGGCUCCGUUUGUAGUUUUAUAUCCCGUGGCUGGGAUCCAAAGGUCCCCAUACAAUCUUCUGUUUGUGCACAGGGGCUUUCCAACCUCCCUUUUUCAGUGGCAGCCCCCUGGGAAGAUUGUGGAGGGGCUCCUGAGGCACAGGGGUCUGCAACUGGAAGCGAAAGCGAAUAACACCCUCUCCCUUUUGUGCAUCACAUACACACACACACAUGCACACGCCACAAGGAUUCAGUAUUCCUUCUGUAGCACAAAAACACCUUCAGCCUCCCUUUUGACUUGCUUUGCCUGAACACUUCCUGCCGUCUGGCUCCCUUUAAAAAGUGGAACAUCCUCUCCUCCUUCCUGCCCUCAGCCUCCCCCCCCCCCCCCCGGCCAAAGGCAAAGCCUCUUCUGGGUGGCCAUAUCUCCCCAUCGUCUAGCAGAUAACAUAGGAAACUGCCUUACGCAGCGCCAGACACUUGAUCCCUCUUGUUCAGUGUUGUUUACACUGACUGGUAGCAGCUCCCCAGGGUUUCGGGCAGAGGGUCUCUCCCAGCCGAGCUUGGAGAAGCCGCCAGGAUUGAACCUUCUGCAUGCGAAGCAGGUACUCUGCCACUGAGCCCAUAGUCCCACCUUGUCCGCCUUUGAGAUUGUGAGCCCUCUGGGGGCAGAGACUGCCGGUGCCGUGUUCCGCACAGUGCCUGGCACAGUGCCAGUUCUUAACUACAGAUCAGUGCUCUCCUUCCAAGCUGUUGGCGAGAGAACAGUAGCAUCUUCAGGAUUCCCAGGGGUCUCUUUCAUGUCUGUUCCACCCAGAGAGCAGCAGAGGUCAAGGUAGCCAGUGGGGUAUGUGGAGCAGCGGUAAAGGUAAAAGUAAAGGGACCCCUGACCAUUAGGUCCAGUCGUGGCCGACUUUGGGGUUGCGGGGCUCAUCUUGCUUUAUUGGCUGAGGGAGCUGGUGCACAGCUUCUGGGUCAUGUGGCCAGCAUGACUAAGCUGCUUCUGGCGAACCAGAGCAGCGCGCGGAACCGCCGUUUACCUUCCCACCAGAGCGGUACCUAUUUAUCUACUUGCACUUUGACGUGCUUUCGAACUGCUAGAUGACCAGGAGCAGGGACCGAGCAACGGGAGCUCACCCCGUCGUGGGGAUUCGAACUGCCGACCUUCUGAUCGGCAAGUCCUAGGCUCAGUGGUUUAACCCACAGUGCCACCCGCGUCCCGUGGAGCAGUGGUACAUGGACACUUCUGGCUCGGGGGUUCUAGGGAAGGCGCCUGAGAUGCUGGCACCUACCGUCCAUAUCUUCUGCUCCUGUCCCCUCCAGUAUUCUCAGUUGUGAACUGGGGAGGGGAUGGAAGAAGACAAGCAGUAAAGCAGAUGAUUCCUCCCAUGAUGCUUUGCUGUCCUCCAUACUGCCAUUCUCCAAGGGGGUUGAGAGAUUCUGCCCCCCCCCCGCCAGCUCACAUAGCAAGCCUUGGCGGUGGUGGUGGUGGUAGAGCAGCCUCUUAAGCAUGCAAAGGCCUGGAGGAAAUGUCUCUGCCUCCCCCUCCUGUUGUUUAUUUGGGUGGCUUUCACAUCUCUAGAAGCCUCCCUGUGUUGUGGUUAAUGAGUUAUUCAUUUGCUACCACAAAAGAGCUUGAGGCGGCAUGCGUGAAUCCCACCCUCAUUUAAUCCUUGCAACAGCCCUGAAAGGGAGAUUAGAUUGAGAGGCAAUGACUGGCCAAAAGUCACUCCCAUUGAGCUUCAUGCUCAAGGGGGGAUUCGAACCCUGGUCUCUCCGCAGGUCCUAGUCUGACUCCCUUUUAACUGCAUUUGCUCUCUGGCAAUGGUUUUCUCUUUUCCUUGGAGGGCUCCUCCUUCCACACUUCCUGUUCUUCAUUCGGCUUUGCAUUGGUGAAUUGGACUCUUAAUAUACAGAGCUGGGGAAUGGCUCUCUUGCUAUCCUGCAGACGACCCCCCCCCCCCCCACUGGCGAGGGGCACAUGGACGACUUGCCUGUUCUCUUGGUCGCUCUGGAGGGAGACCAAGAGCCACAGAUGUGCAGGGACUCAGUGCCUCUAAUUAACAAUUUUACGCACAGUCUAGUAGCUGCUGUAAGGAUACAGGCCUCUAAUCUGCCUAUUGCUUUGUUGUUGUUGUUGUUGUUGUUGUUUUGAAGAUAAAUGUCUCAGGCUCCCUGUGGGUGAUUUUUCCCUCAAGCUCAAUGUUCUCUCUGAAUUCAGGCUCGCCCAAGCUCCUCUGGACUUUUGAGGCAUUGUUCUCUGCAAGUAAAAGUCCCCGGAGAAGGAAAUUCCUCUCUAUUGGGGGAAGUGUGUGUGUGUGUGUGUUGCUUUUUCAAGAGCCAGAAAGUUGCCUUCCCCCCCGCCUCCCGCACGGCUCUGUUUACAAAACAUUUCCUUCCCAAGUUCCCAAGUGAUUUUGCCCGUGUGCGCCUUAAACGGGAGCUCCUGUCGAGUUUGUAAAUGGCAUUGAACAGGGGGGCGGGGGGGGCAAGUUCUGCAGCCUUAGUCAGUAACUAGUCUGAGCUGCAAGGUGUCUCCUGAAGAAUUGCUGCCCCUUCAGCUCCCAUCAUUGUGUGUGUGUGUGUGUGUGUGUGUGAGAGAGAGAGAGAGAGAGAGAGAGAGAGAGAGGUUAGGUUGCUCUAAAUGCACCUCCUCCCCAUAGACAUCACUUUCCAAAUAUUUCCACCAAAUCGUCUUUACUGCAUAGGUUUCUGGGCUAGUGGCUCAGAGAAGAAGUUAAGAACGAGAGCAAAGGACAUCUAGCAGCCCUCAAUGGGAGGCUUAUUUAUAAUAUUUGUUAGUUGCUUUUCUCACGGAGUGACAGAUCAACUUGCAUUGAAACCAGUUAGGAACAUCCAACAACAGUCUAAAAACACAGAUAAGACAGAUCAGGACUUACUCAUCCCACCCCACUCAGAGAGGCCACGGUGCCACCAUUCAAAUUAAGGGUCGAAAGCCGAGGCAAAGAGAAAAGUCUUUGCUUGGAGCCUCCAAAAGAUGGUGCCAGGCGGGACUUCCUGGGGAGAGCACCCCACAGGUAUGGAAAGGCCCGAUCCCAUGUUGCCACCCUCCUUUUAUUUCCAAGUGGAAGCUUGUAAAAAAGGAGUCUGCGCAGCUUGCAGCAGAGAUCAUCUUGAAAUCCACACACCACCCAGGUUAUUAUUAAAUGAUGCUGGCAAGCAAUAGCUAGGCACACUUCUUUUUUGUAAUGAGAUUUUUAUUAAAGUGUAUCAUAAUAGCUGCUGCAAAAAAUAGAAAUAGAACAGGUAGAAUACGGAGCCCUCUCUUAAAACUAGUUCUUAUCCCUUACCACUCACAAAAGAUGGUAGCUCAUCCUAACUCUCGCCUGUUCCUAUCUCUUCCCAGCCUUUUACAUGUCUUAAGAGGGGCCUGAUACGCCAGAAGUAAGGCAACAGGGAAAGUCCUGAAUUUUAACACCCCCUGUCCCUUUAUUUUCCUCUGAUUUUCAAAUCCUAGAGCUGUUCUGUUGCUUCAGUUUCUGCACUCUUUUUUAUUUGCUAAUACUGACUCCAGUAACGUUGGCGCCUGCCUCAAGCUUGUGGAACAACCGUCUCCCCCUUCUCCUCUGCCAGGAACGGCGUGAACGUCGAAGGGGCGACGCACAAGCAAGUGGUGGACCUGAUCCGGGCGGGGGAGAAGGAGCUGAUCCUGACGGUUCUGUCGGUGCCCCCCCAUGAGGCCGACAACCUCGACCCGAGCGACGACUCUCUGGGCCAGUCGUUCUACGACUACACUGAGAAGCAGGCGGUGCCCAUCUCCAUCCCCACCUACAAGCAUGUGGAACAGAAUGGUGAGAAGUUUGUGGUGAGUACCAGCCCGGCUGGGGGGUCCCCUCUUGGGUGCCUGUGCCUUGUGACGGAGGGCUUUGGAACGCUCUGGCAUGUCUUUCUGCUCCCCGACUGGUAUAGAGUCCAGCUAGCAAAUGUUUGGGCAAAAGAGAGAGUGUUGGCCUUCAGCGUUUGCCCGUACAGCCUAGGACCCUCGUACCUACAGCACUGCCUCUCCCGGUAUGCCCCACGGAGAGCCUCAAGGUCCAUAAAUAGCAACACCCUAGUGGUCCCGGGCCCUAAGGAAGUCAGAUUGGCUUCAACCAGAGCCAGGGCCUUUUCAACAGUGGCUCCGGCCUGGUGGAACGCUCUGUCUCAUGAGACCAGGGCCCUGCAGGAUCUGAUUUCUUUCCGCAGGGCCUGUAAGACAGAGUUGUUCCGCCUGGCCUUUGGCUUGGAGCCAAUUUGAUUCCCUCCCGCCCUCUCUUUCUUUUUUCUUUUCCUUUCUCCUCCUGCGAUGAGGCUACAUUUUAAUAUUUCAAUGUUUUAAUGUUGUAUUUUAAUCUUGUUUUUAAGUUGUAUUCAUUCAACUUGUUUUUAUUAUUGCUUGUUAGCCGCCCUGAGCCUUGGCUGGGGAGGGCUGGGUAUAAAUAAAUAUUAUUAUUAUUAUUAUUAUUUAUUACGCAACUCUCCUGUCUGCCUCCUUCUCUCUGAGAGAGUAACGGGCUUCCUCUUGUUCUGUAAUGUGAAGGAGGGGAAAAACAGCAGGAGUCCCCUUUUCUCCAAACUACUUGUGCAAGUCUUUGGGAACUCCCUGCCUCAUCCCUGAGCUUUCCGGCAAGCAGAAAGAACUCAAGAGAAGGUGGCUCCAUUCACACCACACAUUUAAAGCACUGUGAUGUCAUUUUCAGCAGACAUGGCUUUGCUCCCUAAGGAUUCUGGGUGCUGUAGUUUUUUAAGGGUGCUGUGACCUGUUAGGAGACACACACCCUUUCCCCUAGGAGCUACAAUUCCCAGAGUUCCUGUGAAGAGUGAUUGUUUGUUAAACCACUACAGUGGUACCUCGGGUUACAAACACCUCGGGUUACAAACCCUGCUAACCCGGAAGUAGUACCUCGAGUUAAGAACUUAGCCCCAGGAUGAGAACAGAAAUCGUGCGACGGUGGCAGCGGGAGGCCCCAUUAGCUAAAGUGGUACCUCAGGCUAAGAAUGGUGUCAGGUUAAGAACGGACCUCCAGAAUGAAUUAAGUUCUUAACCAGAGGUACCACUGUAUAGGAACUGUGGCUAUGGGAGGAGACUAGGGACCUCUUGACAACUCUCAACGCUCCCAGACUCCCAGAACUGGCCUGGGUACGGCUCUCGCUGCAUCUUCCUAUGUCCAAGUCUCCAUUCAAGCAAGGCCCCUGUUGCCCAGUGGUAGACUUUGCACAUGGCAAGUCCUCAAGGCAUCUCUGGCUAGGGCUGCACAGGUCCCCUGCCUGGAACCCUGGAGGGCCUCUUCCUGUUGGUGCAGACAACCCUAAGCAGGAUGGAGUGAGAGGCAGAGCAUCCUCUUGGCAGGCAGUGGGUCCAGGUUCAGCCCGCAGCACAGGAACACCAGAAGAGCUUGAUGGCUCUAAUGCAGCGUCCUGCCCUCGCAGCAGCCAACCGGGUGCCUCUGGGAAGCCCACAAGCAAGACCUGAGCGCCGGCAGCAGCUCUCCCUGCUUGGGAUCCCCAGAGGCGUUCUGCCUCCGACAGGGGAGGGUAGAACAGAGUCAUUUUGGCUAGUAGCCACAGGUAGCCUUAUCCUUCACGACUUUUUCUAAGGGUAAGGCUGGGAAAUUGCCAAUAAACAGAUGAAUCCAAAACGAUAAAAUGGCUGUUUUGUUGUGGCUUGACAAAAACGGCAACCGAUGUAAUCAGGAUAAGAGCAGGCUGUGUGCGCACACUGGGCAAAUGCUUUGCGAAAGGCAUUCCACAACCCGUUUAGCUGCCAUUGGCCUCACCUCUGAAGGAGAGGACACCUGGAGCAAAUUCUACUCUGACCCAACCUGGUGAAGGAAGCAUGGCGAUGCAUGAUGCACCUCUGAGAUUCCUCUUUUGGUGAUGGAAAGAAAGCUAACCUCACUCUGGCCACAUCCACAGAAAACAUAUUUAAAGUUUCCCCUGAAGAAGCCUGGGAACUGUAGUUUAAGGGUGCUGGGGAUUGUAGCUUUGUGCAGGGGUAAACUAUGCUCUUAAAAAGUAGAGAAAUCACCUUGCCAACAAAAGUCCAUAUAGUAAAAGCUCUGGUUUUCCCAGUAGUGAUGUAUGGAAGUGAGAGCUGGACCAUAAAGAAGGCUGAUCGCCGAAGAAUUGGUGCUUUUGAAUUCUGGUGCUGGAGGAGACACUUGAGAGUCCCAUGGACUGCAAGAAGAUCCAACCUCUCCAUUCUGAAGGAAAUAAGCCCUGAGUGCUCACUGGAAGGACAGAUCCUGAAGCUGAGGCUCCAAGACUUUGGCCACCUCAUGAGAAGAGAAGACUCCCUGGAAAAGACCCUGAUGUUGGGAAAGAUGGAGGGCACAAGGAGAAGGGGACGACAGAGAACGAGAUGGUUGGACAGUGUUCUUGAAGCUACCAACGUGAGUUUGACCAAACUGCGGGAGGCAGUGGAAGACAGGAGGGCCUGGCGUGCUCUGGUCCAUGGGGUCACGAAGAGUCGGACACGACUAAAAGACUAAACAACAACAACAAACUAUGCUCCCAGGAUUCUUUGGGGGAAGCGAUGUCCUUUCAGUGUGUGGCAUGAAGGCGACCUAGGUGCAGCAAAACGUGAUAUCUGCAUGGCCACUCCAUGGGGACUUCUUUGCCAUUGGACUCCCCUCUGUGAAAACCACCGGCUGUCCUAUUCUGCCAUGCACUGAGUAAAAUAGCCAGGAGAAGGUGAUUCUGUUGCAGAGGACACUCUGUUCGACUGCUUCUUCUGGCCAGGAGGAACCAAGGACGUCCUAUCCCCAUUCCAGAGCUGCUCCACACUGCCUCUUUCAAACGUUCUCCACAACAUAGCCCACCCCUCGUGGGUCUUUCGGUAGCCAUUGAAAAGCGGAGUUAUUCCUGGUCAUGUGCCAGCCCUGCAGGAGUGGGGCGUGUGCCCGUCUGCUGUGCCGGCCUGUGCCAAAGCGGCCUGCUGCCCACGAACUCCCAGAGGACCCAGUGAAGCCUUCAGAUCCCAUCUGGUCUUGUGGAGUUUGGGACCUUUUAGCCUGUUGCAGUUUGAAAGUGUGUGUGUGUGGCUAUAAAUUACUCAUCAGUAAGUGGAAUGAGACAGCUUAUUUACGGGCUCUGAGUAACGUGGGGAAGUUUGCUCACUGAACGGGCAAGACGGAUGUUGCAUUGAUUUCCACCCCCUUCCUCUCUCCUCCUCCCCCCCCACUUGUGAAACAGGGACUAGAUUCCAAGGAGAGGCAAAGUGCUUGUUUAGAUUGGAGUCUGUGUGUUGAUGACUUAGGGGUCUCCACAAAUUUGCUGAACUUUUUUUUUGCAAAAUCUCAAAAAAUAUAUAUGAAGUUUUUGAACUAUUUUAAAGGAAAUCUAGACUUUUGACAUUGGUUGCCAUAAAUCUGGAUUUCCCCGGACAUUUCAGCGAUUUUUGCCUGGGCACCGCUUCUGACUGCAGUAUUCCGGCUGUGUCUAGAAAAUUCUGGACGUAUGGCAACCCUACCAAAUAAUGUACUGGAGGGAGAUCUGAUUUUAGGGCAGAAUUAGAGGUUUGUUAUCCCCCCGCCCUGGGCAAUGCAUCUCCAUAGAUUACACAGUUAUUUACGUUGUGUUAUUCUCCUUAAGAAACAAAUCAGAAUUUGUGAUGGUAAGAACUUCAAGGUUCUUUUGGCAUAGCUGGGCUAAGAGGACGGAAUAACGAGAACGUGUGUGGGGUGUUUGAGAGCGUGGAUAAGUAAAAAGAGCACGCAGAAGGUCCCAGUUUCCAUCUCCUGGAGAGAGACUGCCAGUCAGAGUGGACAAUAUUGACCUUGAUGUGAGUCUUACUUGAUGCAAGGCAACUUCCUGCUUACAAAAAGUUGAUUGAUAAGAAAAAUAUCCAUAAACUGGAGUUCAAACAGCAACAUAUUAUAUUUUUUUAAAAACACAGUCAGGUAAACAGCCUGGGAGAUAGCUGGGGCAUUCUGCUUAUCGACCCCCUAACUGGACCAAAGAGAGCUGCCUUAUUCUGAUUCAAGCCAUUGGUCCAUCAUGCUCAGUGUUGUCCACACUGACUAGUAUCAGCUCUCCAGGGUUUCAAGCAGGGAGUUUUCCCCAUCCUCUACGCGGGGCUGCCCUUGAAGCUGUCCCAGAAACUCCAGCGGGUACAGAAUGCUGCAGCGAGGCUCCUCACGGGGUCUCUGCCAUGGGAGCAUAUUCACCCAGUGCUUUUCCAGCUGCACUGGCUCCCGGUGGAGUACAGGAUCAGAUUUAAGGUGCUGCUUUUGACCUUUAAAGCCCUUCACGGCCUAGGACCUUCGUACGUACGGGACCGCCUCUCCCGGUAUGCCCCACGGAGAGCCUCAAGGUCCAUAAAUAGCAACACCCUAGUGGUCCCGGGCCCUAAGGAAGUCAGAUUAGCUUCAGCCAGAGCCAGGGCCUUUUCAGUACUGGCCCCAACCUGGUGGAACGCUCUGUCUCAUGAGACCAGGGCCCUGCAGGAUCUGAUCUCUUUCCAUAGGGCCUGUAAGACAGAGUUGUUCCGUCUGGCCUUUGGCUUGGAGCCAGUUUGAUUCCCUCCCUCCCUCCCUCUCUUUUUUCUUUUCCUUUCUCCUCCUGCGAUGAGGCUACAUUUUAAUAUUUCAAUAUUUUAAUGUUGUAUUUUAAUCUUGUUUUUAAGUUGUAUUCAUUCAACUUGUUUUUAUUAUUGCUUGUUAGCUGCCCUGAGCCGGCCUUGGCUGGGGAGGGCGGGGUAUAAAUAAAAAUUAUUAUUAUUAUUAUUAUUAUCCUUACCUGGGGAUGCGGUCGGGUAUUGAACCUGGAGCCUUCUGCACUCAAACCAGGUGCCCCACCCCUGAGCUACUGCCCUUCCCCAUCACUUUUGCUAGAUCUGAGUAUAUCCUUCGGCAGUGCUUAAUUGAUGUUUUCUUUUUAACUGUUUAUGGUUUUAUCAUAUGUUUGUAAUACACGGACCCGCCUUCACCUUGUUUCCCCUCUGCCCUUUUCCCGCCUCCCUCCCAGGUCUACAACGUUUACAUGGCAGGCCGGCAGCUGUGUUCCAAGCGGUACCGCGAGUUCGCCAUCCUGCACCAGAAUUUGAAGCGGGAGUUUGCCAGCUUCACCUUCCCCCGCCUGCCGGGCAAGUGGCCCUUCUCCUUGUCAGAGCAGCAGCUGGAUGCCAGGCGGCGGGGGCUGGAGGAAUACCUCGAAAAGGGUACGCAGACAAGAGCACGUGGGUCGGGGAGGGGGCCGUUGGCGUGUUCUCCACCGACAGCCGAUUCAUCUGAACAAACCACGGUUUGGUCAGCUGCUUCCUUAGAAGUGGAGCUGAAACAAAAGCUUUCAGAAAGGCUAAUAAUUCAAUUUUUUAAAAGUAUCCCUGCAGUGAAUUAGGCCACAGAUUUUCCAUGCAUUUAUUUUAUUAAUUAGUUCCGAAACAUUUAUACACAGCUUGAUUGUAAGGAGCAAACAAACCAACUCAGCAAGCCUCAAAGAGGCGCAUAUAUAUAUAUAUAUAUAUAUAUACACACACACACACACACACACACACACACACACACCAAUAAAAGUGUCAAUAAGAAAAAACUAGCACCAGUAAUUUAAGAUUAAAAAAUUUAAGCAGCAGAACCUGUUUUCAAGGCAAGGUAACAAGUCAUGCUCUUAAAAGAGACAUUCCUUAUAAGGCUUGGCGGGGAGGAAUUCCUGUUCGGGGAGAGUGCAUUUUUUAUUUAGAGUUACGAGAAUAAGCAGAUACAGUGGUGCCUCGCAAGACGAAAUUAAUCCGUUCCGCGAGUCUUCGUCAUGCGGUUUUUUCGUCUUGCGAAGCACGGCUAUUAGCGGCUUAGCGGCUAUUAGCUGCUUAGCAGCUAUUAACGGCUUAGCGGCUUUAAGAAAAAGGAAACAAACUCGCAAGAACUCGCAAGAUGUUUCGUCUUGCGAAGCAAGCCCAUAGGGAAAUUCGUUUUGCGGAAUGACUCAAAAAACGGAAAACUCUUUCGUCUAGCGAGUUUUUCGUCUUGCGAGGCAUUCGUCUUGCGGGGCACCACUGUACAUGCAGAUGCAUUAAAUCAUGCAACCGGCUAAACCUCAUUCGAUCGAUCACCUGGGAAAUGUCUGUGGCCCCGCCCAGAUGUGGCUGGACUCCAAGUCCCAGCAGCUGCAGAAGCCAGCAUGGGCAAAUGACGAUGGGAGUUGUAGUCCCGAGAGCAUCCAGAAGGCCUCUCAGGCUGCCCAUCUCUGGCCCUGACAGUUCUUUAAUCGAGCCUCAGGCUGGCCUGGAAGCUUUGAGAAUUGAGGUCGACAGGAAACAGCCUUUGCCUCCUGUCCAGCCCUUCAGAUUCCUCCUCUGGCAUGGAAGUCUGGCUAAGGCAGAAGGUGCAAAGAUUAUCCUGGGAGCACCCAGUCCUGUAGCUAAGGAGGUGUGCAUUUGAUCAGUACUGGAUGGGGGGGGCACUACCUCCCUCUCCAACCCCACAUAAAUUGCAUUAGCAGCCCACCUGGCAAGCGCAUAAUAUAGUCCCCUCCCCAGUUUUUUACAGGCUAAAUGUUCUGGGGUGGCCAUGGAAUAAGCAGGUGGGAGUCUGUGCUUAGCAGUGGGGCAGAUCCACCACUGUUAAUCUCCAAGGAACCUUGAAAACAAUCCAGGGACUGAGACCUCCUCUUGUUCUGCCAAUUCCCUCUUCCUGCCCGUUAACUUUGAAAAUACUUUUUUUUUUACCAACAACCAAAACACAAAUAGUGAAACCCCCAGGCGGCUGAUACAUUGAGUAUACAUAAUCAAUAAUAACAUAUUCAAAUCAACCAUAUGUACAAUUUUAUAUACGUUAACACUCCUCCAUCCACAAGGUUUAUUUAACUUCUAACAUUUUAAUUGCCCCAAAUUGUUCAAACCUACCCAAAUAAUUCAAUAUCUUCUCAAGCUAAUUCUCCUCUUUCUCACGGACCUUAAACCCUUUCAUUCUGUCUAUCUUCACAGUUAGAUAUUCUAAAAUUAUAAUAUUAUUCAGUUUUUUUCUCCAUUGGUUCACCUCUAACUCUUCUGCAUUUUUCCAAUUACUCGCUAUAAUCUGUCUGGCUGCAGUUACCAUCAAUUUUAUCCAUUUACAUUCCUCUUUUGUUUUUAUCUCGGUGCUACUCAGACUAAUAAGAACCAUUAAUUUAGAUAUUCCCACCAUCCUACCCACAGUUCCCGAUAUUUCUAUACCAAUCUGUUUCCAAAAUUCAUUAACUAACGGACAAUCUCACCACAUAUGACUGUACUUUCCCAUCACUCCACAUUUCCUCCAACAAUUCUUACUUCCAGAUUUUGUAAUAUGAUAUAACCUUACAGAUGUAUAAUACCAUUUUUGUACCAACUUCCUGCCUGUUAACUGACCCGUUCUCCUUCCCUCUGCAGUGUGUUCCAUCCGGGUCAUCGGGGAGAGCGACAUCAUGCAGGAGUUCUUGUCAGAGUCAGAUGAGGUAGGCGAGCAAAAAACCGGACACUUCAAGGGAGGUGCCAGAGCAUGUGCAGUUGAUGCUUAAAGUAUGCCCUAGAGUGUUGGACAGGGACCUGGGUGGCGCUGUGGUCUAAACCACUGAGCCUAGGACUUGCCGAUCAGAAGGUCGGCGGUUCGAAUCCCCGCGACGGGGUGAGCUCCCAUUGCUCUGUCCCUGCUCCUGCCAACCUAGCAGUUCAAAAGCACGUCAAAGUGCAAGUAGAUAAAUAGGUAUCACUCUGGCGGGAAGGUAAACAGCGUUUCCGUGCGCUGCUCUGGUUCGCCAGAAGCGGUUUAGUCAUGCUGGCCACAUGACCCUAUAGCUGUACGCCAGCUCCAAUAAAGCCAGAUGAGCGCCGCAACCCCAGAGUCGGCCACGACUGGACCUAAUGGUCAGGGGUCCCUUUACCUUUAGGGUGUUGGACUAAGUCCUUGGAGACCAGGGUUCAAAUCCCCACAUGCCAAUGAAGCUCACCGGGUGACCUUAGGCCAGUCGCUGCCUCUCAGCCUAACCUACUUCACAGGAUUGUUGUGGGGAUUAAAUGAUGAGGGAUAGAACCAUGCUCCCCAUCUUGAGCUCUUUGCGGAAAAUGGUGGGCUAUCAGUGCAACCCCCCCCAAUAAAUAAUUAACAAAAGUCUGUAGGUUCAAUCCCCGGCUUCUCUCAUCAAGGUGUUUAGAGCUUUGAGAAGCUCAGCAAUGACUUUUCCUGCCAGGCAUUUCAGGAGAGUUGGGAAAUCAUGUGUGUUUUGAGUUCUUAGUUGUUGUUUUUCAAAAACGUAACACCCACACUCCUGCUUUCUGUUUAAGUGGAUUGGCCCGUCACAUUUCAUUUCAUUUUUAUGAGCCGUAUACUUUGAGCCUCUUUGCGGAGGACAUAGUUGGCAGAAGAGCGGGACAGACAUCUCAGCAAACGGGAAAAGCAGAACAAGGUGUCCUGGGGGGAAAGGCCCCCACCUGUACGUGCAUAUCAAACGUCCUGUGUGGGUGUAGAUAGAAGCUGCCCUUCCAGAGCAAGAACUUGCUUGGCCCUCCAGGCAAAGAGCCUUCUGAGACAUGGGGCUUGGGGACCCAGGCGCCUCAAAGAGCACCUUCCUCCGUAUCAACCUUCUCGGGUCCAGCCAGGCGAGGACCUGUGGGUGGUGCCACUGCCACGGGGGGUUGCCUGACCUGUCACAGGGUUUUUUUAGUGGUAGUUCCUCGUUUGUGGGGAACACACACACCCCUGUUUAUGGAGGCAUUUGAUAGGUAAAAGUUCCCUUCCUGGAAAUUCUGAAAUUAUUUUAAGGACAAGUGAUGGCUUUUAUGAGUUUUAAAUGAUUUUUUAGAAGGUUGUAUUGAACCUUUUUUUAAAGAAGUCUUAGUUGUAUUAGUAUCGAUCCUUUUGCUGCCCCGGGCUCCUUUGGAGCAGGGAAUACUUCUAAAAGUAUAAGGGAUGCGGGUGGCGCUGUGGGUUAAACCACAGAGCCUAGGACUUGCCGAUCAGAAGGUCGGCAGUUCGAAUCCCCGCGACGGGGUGAGCUCCUGUUGCUCAGUCCCUGCUCCUGCCAACCUAGCAGUUCAAAAGCACGUCAAAGUGCAAGUAGAUAAAUAGGUACCGCUCCGGUGGGAAGGUAAACGGCGUUUCCGUGUGCUGCUCUGGUUCGCCAGAAGCAGCUUAGUCCUGCUGGCCACGUGACCCGGAAGCUGUACGCCGGCUCCCUCGGCCAAUAAAGCGAGAUGAGCGCCGCAACCCCAGAGUCGUCCGCGACUGAACCUAAUGGUCAGGGGUCCUUUACCUAUACAGUGGUACCUCGGGUUACAUAUGCUUCAGGUUACAUACGCUUCAGGUUACAGACUCCGCUAACCCAGAAAUAGUACCUCGGUUUAAGAACUUUGCUUCAGGAUGAGAACAGAAAUCAUGCUCCGGCAGCGGCGCAGCGGCAGCAGGAGGCCCCAUUAGCUAAAGUGGUGCUUCAGGUUAAGAACAGUUUCAGGUUAAGAACAGACCUCCGGAACGAGUUAAGUUCUUAACCUGAGGUACAACUGUACUUCUAAAGAAUUGUGUGCAAAAGGGUGUUCCCCAUGACACAGGGAAGCCACAGUCCACCCCCUCUCAUUAUGGUGGGACCAAAGGCUUUUCCAGACCGGUGGCUGCCCCAUACCCUUUUAGGCAGGCUCAAUUCCCCCAGCAUCUCAUGGUAGGAAAGAAUCCAGUUUGAUAAUGCAGGCUUCCGCUUGACUAGGUGCAGGGAAUCCUUGGCCAUCUAGAUGUUGCUGAACUACGUCUCCCAUCACCCCUAGCCAUUGGGCAUGCUUGCUGGGGCUGAUGGGAGCUGCACUUCAGCAACGUCUGGAGGGCCAAAGCUCUCCUCCCCACCCCUAAACGGCCUUAGCCCAGUAUACCUGAAGGAGCAUCUCCACCUCCAUUGUUCUGCCUGGACACUGAGGUCCAGCUCCGAGGUCCUUCUGGCGGUUCCCUCGCUACGAGAAGCCAAGUUACAGGGAAUCAGGCAGAGGGCCUUCUCGGUGGUGGCACCUGCCCUAUGGAAUGCCCUCCUAUCAGAUGUCAAAGAGAAGAACAACUACCUGACAUUUAGAAGACAUCUGAAGGCAGCCCUGUUUAGGGAAGCUUUUAAUGUUUAAUAGGUUAUUGUAUUUUAGUGUGUUGUUGGAAGCCGUCCAGAGUGGCUGGGGAAGCCCAGCCAGAUGGGCGGGGUAUAAAUAAUAAAUUAUUAUUGUUAUUAUUAUUGUUAUCAUUAUUAUUAUUAUUAGUGGCUCCCCUCUCUUUCCCCCUCUCUUUGCGACAUCGCUCCUCAUAGCUGAGGAUCCUUUCCUUGUGCCCUGGAGAAACUUAAAAACCUAGGACUGGAGCGUGAGAGGCAUACCUUAAACAAAAACAAUAAAUCCUGGCUUUAUCUUCCCGCCCUUGCACCCUAGAACUACAACGGCGUGUCGGACGUGGAGCUCAGAGUGGCGCUUCCAGACAUCACGACAGUGACCGUCCGGGUCAAAAAGAACAGUACCACGGACCAGGUGUAUCAGGUGAGGAGGGCAGGGGGGCAUCUAGGGAUGCGAUUCCUCACCGGCAACAGAGAAAGAAAGACAGAAACAGGCUCGGAUUUCUUUACUUUGUGCACUGUUUUUAAGGAAGCCUCCUUAGACUUUUAGAAAUGUGAGAAGCUGCCUUCUAUCGAGCCCAGACUCUUGUUCCGUCCAGCUCAGCACUGUCUGCACAGACAGGCAGCAGCUGUCUCGGGUUUCAGACAGAGGGUAUCUCCAGGCUUAACUUCCCAUUCUGCACGUGACGCACUGAGUCGUUUGUGUGGGAAAACUCCACCCUGAGAGACAUGAAAAGGGAAGUGUGGGGCACCCUUCGUGGCUGUCCGCAUCGGGGUGUGCCACUAUGAGCGGCUCUUUGCCUGUCUCCAGGAGCAGAAUGAGGCCUCUCUGCACCAAGCAGAGGAAGCUGGAAGGCCAGGUCAUUGUCUCCAGCCUUUCCCACCCCUGCUCAGUUCAAAGCCCCAGCCCUUUCCUCCUCCUCUCACAUCUCCCCAAUAUCAGGAAUUGAAACUGGGUGGAUUGAAAAGAGCUGAGCUAACCAUCUCCAGAGCCUGAAUCACUUUGCAAGAAGAAGCUGCACUGAGUCCUUGCUCUAAAACAGCCUUUCUCAACCUGCGGGUCCCCAGAUGUUGUUGGACUACAACUCCCAUCACCCCUAGCUAGCAAGGCCAGAGCUCAGGGAUGAUGGGAGUUGUAGUCCAACAACAUCUGGGGACCCACAGGCUGAGAACCGCUGCUCUAAUAUAACAAGCAGAUGUGGAGGUUGGGUCAGGCUUCAUGGCUCUGGCCUCAGAGUCAGGCUUGAGAAUUAGCGGCUCACCCCCUUUUCAUCAUCAUCAUCGUUAUUAUUAUUAUUAUUGUAACGUAAUAGCCUUUACGAACAACCUCAAGGUACAGUGGAGCCUAUUAUGAUUAUUACUUAUAAAUUUAUUACUCGCCAUUCACUCUAAGGCAGGGUUACUCAACCUUGGGUCUCCAGCUGUUUUGGGACUACACCGCCCAUCAUCCCUAGCUAGCAGGACCAGUGGCCAGGGAUGAUGGGAAUUGUAGUCCCAAAACAGCUGGAGACCCAAAGUUGGGAAACACUGCUCCAAGGUGCCAGGGUGGGCCACAGCAUUAAAAGCAAAUGAAAACAUAUUGGCUAACAGAGUGAGCCCCUGUCUGCAUUCAGCCCUGUCAGUUGGUCAGCGUGACAGAAUGUAGAGAAUUGACACAUAUAAUGUAAUCUACCAGUGUGUGUAUAUAUAGAUAAAUACUUAGUUGAGAGGGGUUUUUUAUUCAUUUUUUUUUGUAACAUAAUGAGCUUUACUAACAACCCAGAGGUGCAACAGCAGGGUAUUUCAUCACACCGUGUCCAACCAUAAGAAAUAAAGUCACACCAGCUGACAUAAAAGAGUUCUGGGUCCUCUGUCCCUCUAGAGGCAUGCAAUUGAUGUUAUUUCCCCCUGCUAUAGCCAAAGUCCAUACGUUCGUAUAUGACACAAAGACAGAGGUAGAUUUUCUGAAAGGUUUUCCACUGCUGGGCUGUUGAAAUCCUAGCUGCAGCUAACGUUUGUGGAGUGACCAGUUUUCACAUUAUCAGACUGCGUACUCAGUGGCGACAGUGGUGGGAAGGCCUGAACAGGCGAUUUGAGCUAUUUAUUGAUAUAAUUUGAGAUAUUUAUUGAUGUGCUUGAGACCAGAAUAACGAACCCCAAGGGCACCAAAGAUGGAAGAAUGUCCUGCAAGCGACAACCCUGCCAGCCGUCCUGUGUGUAUAUUAGCAUCCCUUGAAGGGACAGUCGUGUGCCCAGAGACAGCCCGGCUGUGCCUUGCACUGUCCCAAGGAUUAACCCCGCCCCCCCAGUUUGUCUGAUGCUUAUUCUUUCUCUUCUCCCUCUUCUUGCCCUCCAGGCUGUUGCUGCCAAAGUUGGGAUGGACAGCACAACCGCCAACUACUUUGCCUUGUUUGAAGUGAUCAAUCACUCAUUUGGUGAGGCCUGAAGCCGGGUGGGAGGUUCAGAGUGUGUGGGGUGUGUGUCUUUCUUCUGCUUUUUCAGAGAUUUCCUUGAGCCCCUUCCCUAGGAGGGAAAAGCUCAAGCAGCAGACAAAAUCCAGAAAAAAUGAGAACUGCUAAGUGGGGGGAAAUGCCUUUAUAAGAUUCUACAUGUUGCAGAGGAAGUACCAUAUUGUUCGUUCUAUAAGACGCACCCAACCAUAAGACACACCUAGUUUUUGGAGGAGGAAAACAAGAAAAAAAAUAUUCCUAAUCCCAGAAACCAGAACAGCAAGAGGGAGUGCUGCGCAGCGAUCCCUCUUGCUGUUCUGGCUUCUGGGAUAGCCGCACAGCCUGCAUUCGCUCCACAAGACGCACACACAUUUCCCCUUACUUUUUAGGAGGGAAAAAGUGAGUCUUAUAGAGCAAAAAAUACGGUAAAUGAGCUUUUCUCUCUCCUCACAACCCAGAAUAUUGUAAUUCAGGGCCACCCACUGGAAUUAGGCAGUGAGAUAGUUUAAAAGGAUCUGGUGCGAGUUUACGCAUCUUUGUCUAUGGAUCCGUGGGGGGAGCAGGGAGUUAAAUGGGCACCCUCUGCAUAUGUGGUACCAAUUCUUCACCCCCCCCGCAUUUCUGCAUUCCCCCCCCCCCACAGUGCGGAAGCUGGCGCCCAACGAGUUCCCCCACAAGCUCUACGUGCAGAACUACACCUCGGCCGUGCCGGGGACCUGCCUGACGAUCCGGAAGUGGCUCUUCACCACGGAGGAGGAGGUCCUUCUGAACGACAACGACUUGGCGGUCACCUAUUUCUUCCACCAGGUGGGCGCCCUCGGGCGGUCUCUGCGCUCGCACGGUCUUUGUGUAUGUGUGUCCGUCCGUCUCCUCGCAGGCUCUUCUUUUUGAAGGCGCCCCCGGAUUGCAGAGGGUCUCACACGCACAGUGCCUGUAGAGACACGAGAGGACCAUAUGCAACAUGUCAUGUUGCAAUCUUUCCAGGGAUCGGGAGAAGGAGGUAAAAGGCAGCUGGGGUAGCAUGAACAGAAGUGCUUAAAAUCAUACAUGGCAUAGUGACAGUGGGCAGAGAGGUUUUCCUCUCUCUUUCAGAAUACAGUCAUACCUCGGGUUACAGACUCUUCAGGUUGCUUUUUUUUGGGUUAUAGACGCGCCGAAACCUGGAAGUACCGGAGCGGGUUGCUUCUGGGUUUUGGCGGUCGCACAUGUGCAGAAGCGCUAAAUUGCACUUUGCGCAUGCGCAGAAGCGUCAAAUCGCAACCCGUGUGUGUGCAGACGCAGCACUGUGGGUUGCGAACGUGCCUCCUGCACGGAUCACGUUCGCAACCCGAGCGUCCACUGUACUACAAGUGACACACGGGUUUAUGUCCCUGCCUACUGUGCAUAUGAGCAAAAUUGUGCAAAGCCAGGAACCCCUGGAACCGGGCUCACUCACUGCAAGGGUGCAAGGCUGCUUGCUUGCCUUUGGGAAGGAGGUGGCAGGGCCAGAAGUCCAGCACCUUCCUCACCUGGCUUUGGGAAGGUGGCAUGGGGACUCUGGGGUGCUGCCAUUGCAUAUUAGUGCAGGGGUGUCUGUGUGUGUGUGUGGGGGGGAAUAAAUAAAUGCAGAGUGGGUUUCCUCCACUCUCCAUUUAUUUAUUUAUUACGCCCCCCCCCACAAAGCUGCAAUUGCAAAAGUAAAAUGUAAAUAAAUUGCGAGUUACCUGAACUUUGCUUUCUUUACAGGCAGUCAGCAGACCAUUAAAACAUUCUAUAACAAUCAGCAGUUACCUUUGAUAAAACUAAUAACAGUGCAGAUUAAUAAAGCCGAAAGACACAGAAUCAAAAUGCUAGACUGUAUGUCAGGCGGUCAUAGGAUGCCUAUUAAAAAUACCUUUAUAUAAUAAUAAUAAUCGUAAUAAUUUAUUAUUUAUACCCCACCCAUCUGGCUGGGCUUCCCCAGCCACUCUGGGCAGCUUCCAACACAAUAUUAAAAUACAGUAAUGCAUCAAACAUUAAAAGCUUCCCUAAACAGGGCUGCCUUCAGAUGUCGUCUAGAAGUCUGGUAGUUGUUGUACUCUCUGACAUUUGGUGGGAGGACGUUCCACAGGGCAGGCGCCACCACCGAGAAGGCCCUCUGCCUGGUUCCCUGUAACUUGGCCUCUCGCAGGGAGGGAACCGCCAGAAGGCCCUCGGAGCUGGACCUCAGUGUCCGGGCAGAACGAUGUGGGUGGAGACGCUCCUUCAGAUAUACUGGACCAAGGCCGUUUAGGGCUUUAAGCAUAAGGACUAGAAACUUGGAAGUCCUAAUGACAGGAUGUCAGGAGCUGGCAUGGCAUUUGAAGUAAAACACGGAGAUCGACAGUGGAGUGGAAUGGAGGGUGAUCAAAACUGGUCUAGGCACACCCGGGUGAUAUUGUGGUAGCCGAGCCAAGGACAAACAAAAAAUACUGGCGUCUGCCCUAGUCGAAGAACCAGGCCGGUCUCUGAAUGCUUCUUAUGUCACCCAGGCUGUUGAUGACGUGAAGAAGGGGUACAUAAAAGCCGAGGAGAAGUCCUACCAGCUGCAGAAGCUCUGUGAGCAACGGAAGAUGGUCAUGGUAAGGGAAGUCCCCUACCCCCCCCAUUCAGAGAAAGGCAUUCUGGGAUGUGGGCUUUGCUGUUCCCGCCUGCUGGGCUGUAGCGCCUGGAAGCAGCGAAGUACCUUUUCUGUAUCGUAUGCGGAAUUUUGUAUCCUUUCCCUCUCUUUUGAUUGGUAUUUCAUGUUUAGAUUUGAUCACAUUGACUGCAUCAAGUUAAUAAAGUUUUAAUCUUGGCGAUGGAUGAGAUUGGAUCGGAAAUCAAAAGAGCGGCAUCAUCUGCAAAUAAACUGAUUUUAUGCUGUGCAUUUCAUAGCCCUUAAUGUCUGAAAACCUCCCUCGCUGCUGUUGCCAGAGGUUCCCUAGUAAUGAAUAGCCAAGAGCAGCAGUGAGAGAGGACAGCCUCGUUUUGUGCCUUUUCCAAUUUUAAUGUUGGUGUUUUCAAAGACGUUUAAUCUAAUGCUGGUUAUGCUUUCCUAAUACAGUUAAAUUUUCUAUUGAUUUUAAUCUAUUAAAAGAAAAUGGUAAGUAGGAAGCCGAUAAAGGAAAGAGGGGAGAGAACUGUACACACACAAAAAAUACUUUUAGAUAGGAGAGUUAAAAUUGAGUGAAAUGAAUUACAAGGCAAUACGCCAUUUAUUAUUUUACUGUUCCAACAUUGGAUGGACAGGGUUGGGAAGCAUUUUAUCGAGCCUUUUAAAUCCUCUUAAAUGAGCAUAUAAACGUGCAAGCAUCACUUUAUAACUAACCCUAAGAAGCGGGAUGUGGGAGCAACGCUGACUGUGCUUGAUUGGCUGGCCUUUCAGCCAAUCAGAUUAGAAAGCAGGGAGGGUGCAUCCUCUAUCCCUCCUCACUUCCUGCGACUUCCUCCCCUGCAGUACCUGAACAUGCUGCGGACCUGCGAGGGUUACAACGAGAUCAUCUUCCCGCACUGCUCCUGCGACUCGCGGCGGAAGGGUCACGUGAUCACAGCCAUCAGCAUCAAGCACUUUAAACUCCAUGCCUGCACCGAGGAGGGUCAGCUAGAGGUCAGCCGCCAGGGGUCCCUGGCUGGGGCGGUUGGGGUGGGUCUCCGCAGUGGGGCGAGAGCGGCUGAAAGGCCCCCACACCCAUGGAGGUCUUCGUUCCCUCUCGAUGACACCUCCGCCCGCUCUCCGCUCUCCCAGAACCAGGUAAUAGCCUUCGAAUGGGACGAGAUGCAGCGAUGGGACACCGAUGAGGAGGGCAUGGCGUUCUGCUUCGAAUACGCGCGGGGGGAAAAGAAGCCACGCUGGGUGAAGAUCUUCACCCCUUACGUGAGUGUGGGCCGACGGGGAAGACAGCGAGGCAUCGGGGAGGCGGCAGGGGCACGGAAUAUCUAGCGAUGCUUUUGGAGCUGCCACCAGGGGGCACCAGCCUUUGACCUUUGUGGGGAAGAGGCGUCUGGUCGGUGCAGCUCCGGCCGGGAUGGCAGAGCCGAAUGAGAGGAGCAAACCCUCAGUCCUGAGAGACGGUUGUGUUUUCUCUUUCUCUCCCUCCCACCCCAUUGCAGUUUAACUACAUGCACGAAUGUUUCGAGCGAGUGUUCUGCGAGCUCAAGUGGCGGAAAGAGGUGAGGAGUCCCGUUUGGCGUCAUUUAUGGUGAUGCAAAGCGUGUUUUUGCCUUCCACAAGGAGAUCUCUUCCCUACGGUUCUCAGUGUGAGAUCUCUUCCCCUACGGUUCUCGGUGCGCAAGACUGGCAAAACUUGUCUGCCAGGUUGGGAAAGGGUUUUGCAAAGUGGUCCUGCAGCAGCCACUAAGAGGUGCUCCUUUCAGGAGAGGGCAGAGACCCUGUUCAUGUCUAUCGCUGUCUUGUGCUUGGCUGAUUCCUGCUUGCAGGCUUCCUAUUAGAGCAGCGGUUCUCAGCCUGUGGGUCCCCAGAUAUUGUUGGACUACAACUCCCAUCAUCCCUGAGCUCUGGCCUUGCUAGCUAGGGGUGAUGGGAGUUGUAGUUCAGCAACAUCUGGGACCCACAGGUUGAGAAAGGCUGUAUUAGAGCAUCUGGUGGCCACUGUGUGAACAGGAAGCUAGACUAGGUGGUCCCUCUUUGGCCUGAUCCGGUAGGGCUUGUCUUAUGAGUAACAGUGUGGAGGGCUCUCGCCUUCAUCAUAAUUAUCAUCAUCAUCAUCAUCAUCAAAAUAAAUUUUUAUUUAUACCCCGCCUUUCCCCGUUCAAAAACCGGGCUCAGGGCGGCUAACAACAAAUUUAAAACAUUUAGUUGUAAAAGCAGCAUAAAAUACAGUAUAAAAACAUGAAUAACAAUAAAAUUCAAAAAGCAAAUAUCAAUUUAGGGGAAAUAAGCAUUGGAUAGUCAUCAGGGCUAGCUGGCUGAAUUGGUCCUACUUGGGCCAGCGAGGAGCCCAGGGGAGAAAUAGCUGUGGGGUCUCAGAGUGGGUGAUCUUCGUAAAAGGGGAGGGGGAGGGAAGAGAAGGGAAAUAAAAGAUCAGGCUGAAUUCAAAUUAAAAGCCAGGUGGAAUAGCUCUGUCUUACAGGCCCAACGGAAGGAGGUUAAAUCCUGCAGGGCCCUGGUCUCAUGGGACAGAGCAUUCCACCAGGUCGGAGCCAUCACUGAGAAGGCCCUGGCCCUGGGGGAGUUUAGUCUGGCCUCCUUAGGGCCUGGGACCUCUAAGCUAUGGUUAUUCAUGGACCUUAAGGUCCUUUGCGGGGCAGACCAGGAGAGGCAGUCCCGUAAUUAUGAGGGCCCUAAGCCCCACCUGUGGACUUGCUGGAAGAAUCUGUUUACCCACCAUGAGAAAGAAGCUGUUGAAUCCGAAGAGCCCGUUGGCCUGAUCUAGCUUCAGGGCUCUUAUGUGGCAUGUGCAAGCCAAGAACUGGAAGAGCUGCCAUUUUUAUUAUCUCUGGGAACCAGUGGAACGUUGCCUCCAAAUUCCUGGUUGCCUCCUUAGUCUUCCCACCCCACCUAGUGCACCUCCAGAUGUUUCGGACUCCCACAAUCCCCUGCUGGCAUAGCCAUGUGACGUUGGGGCUGGCAGGAACAGUGCAGGUGGUCAGAGCCCAUUUGCAGGUGCGCCUGGUUUGGGGGAAGACAAGCGAUCUGUCAAGGUGGACCUCAAGAGGUUUGAUUGGAAGGGUGGAGGAAGAGGCGGGGCUGACACCUCUGCUCCUGGAGCUGAUUGGCCGCCGCUCGCUUCCAUACUUCCUCUUAAAACAAUCCUGUCCUUUCAAAGGUGGAGGAAGAGGCGACAGACAAGGAUAACAAGAACUGCAGUAAAGACAACAUGUGCAGCAAGGUAAGGGGAUGAGGACCCUCCCAACCCCCCGUUUUCUAGCGCAAGUGCAGGAUAAGAGCUCUGCUUUUCCGUGUUGUGCGGAACGUGUUUGAGGUUGGGAAGAGCUAACCCCACUUUCUGGUCUGCUUCAAAGAGGUGCCCCGUUUCAAACUGGGCCGAGACGUCUUCCAAGACUUGAUCUGGCUCAAAACAGCAGUUUCUAAGUGUUGCUAAUAAUAUUAAUAGGGACACGGGUGGCGCUGUGGCCUAAACCACAGAGCCUAGGGCUUGCUGAUCAGAAGGUCGGCGGUUCGAAUCCCCGUGAGGGGGUGAGCUCCGUUGCUCAGUCCCUGCUUCCGCCAACUUAGCAGUUCGAAAGCACUUCCAAGUGCAAGUAGAUAAAUAGGUACUGCUCCGGCGGGAAGGUAAACGGCGUUUCCGUGUGCUGCUCUGGUUCACCAGAAGCGGCUUAGUCAUGCUGGCCACAUGACCCGGAAGCUGUACGCUGGCUCCCUCGGCCAGUACAGCAAGAUGAGCGCCGCAACCCCAGAGUCGGUCACGACUGGACCUAAUGGUCAGGGGUCCCUUUACCUUUAAUAUUAUUAAUAAAGUUAAGCCUGCAGCUUACUGCGGGAGUUCGUUCCAUUCUGGUGAUUGCGCCUAAGGCCAAAAUUGCAAACAGCCAAAGCAGGUUGGGUUCACUGGUGGGUGGGGUUGCCAAAGUCAUUUCCCCCAGAACCCUGCUCUCUUUCCGCCCCCCUUUAUUUAUAUAUUUCCCGCCAUACAUGUCAAGCUGAAUGCGCACGAGUUUAACGUGCAUACAUUGUGGGCUUAGCAUAAUAAUAAUUUGCAGUUGAAGUGGUAAUUGGCGUGGCCCAGUGGUCAAGGAUUUGGGAAUCCCAACAUCAUCUGUGCACCACGGGUGGUCCUCCCCCAAUCCCUGCUUUGAAAGUGCUCUUCUGAGCAUGCCCAGUAUCACUUUUCCUGCUUGGAAUCUUGGGAUUUGUAGUUUCUUUGCCUGGGGAAAGUGACUUUCCAUCACUCCAGGGCACGGCGGUGUGUGCCUGAGCCCAAGCUGAGGAUCUGGGUCUGCCGGCCGGCCGGCCAACCUCCUCUUAUGAACUUUCGCCUCCUGCUGUCCCCCCGCCGCUGAAGGUGCCCAUGAAAGCCCCUUCCGAGGAUUUUGUCAGCGUUCACCAGGAAUGCUUUCGCAACCCUGGCAGCUUUUAAGGCAGAUUUUGUGGGGAGGGUCUGUGUCCGUAGAUCACGUUUUCCAUUGCUUCUCUUGGUAUCUCAGCCGUCGUUCUCUCUCUUUUGGUCUCCUUUCCAGAACAUCUUUCAGAUGAUGCGGACACAGCACAGAGACAUUACGACUUAGCCUCGCGGCCGCCAUGGACAAAAACAGACAACCACACACAGACACACACACACAGACAGACCGAGAAGCAAAACGUAUUAUCCCUUUCCCCGCCCCCCCUUCCUGAAAAUUAACACUUUUAAAAAUGAAAAAGAGAGAGGGGAAAAUGGUUUAUUGUAUUAAAGCCCUUAAAACUAAAUAUUAAUAAUACCAUUUGUGAAUUUCAUGUUAAAUCAACUGGGGGGGCGGGGAGGGGAGGCAGGCAGGGAUCCAGCCAAGCUGUUGGAAGCAGGAAGGGUGGGAAGAGAUGGCGGUGGGAGCGGGGAAUCCCGUUUCUUACCACCGAAAAUUAUGGGGGGGGUCUUCUCCCCCCCACAGUUUGCCCCCCUUCCUGUUGUUCAAAGAUGGACUCUGCUGAGGGUUUUUUUCUGUUCUUUCCUUUUCCUUUUUUCUUUUUUUUUUUAAACAAACUGGAUAUAGAAAUGUACAUCCAUUUGCACUGUUUGGACAUAUAUAUGUAUGUAUGUAAAAAAAAAAUUAUAUAUACAAACUAUCACACACGUAUAUACAUAUAUAUAUAAUUUCAUCUCGGCGGCCGUUUAACUUUCAGAAUGCUUACAUUUCUACACGGAGUUUUCCUUCCUCCGGAAUUUGUCACGGUGGUGCUUCUUUUUCCUCUUGUAAAAAAUAAAUAAAUCUGGAACCAGGAAGAGAGGGGGCGGGAAUGGAAAACAGCAUUAAAGGAGCUGCCUUUGCUCUCAUUCAUAGGAAUUAACUGGAGCCGAAACAAAUUUCAAAUGCCAUCAUCGUCCAAUCCCAAAUUCUGAAACCAUGAAAGAAGUUUGAAUUUCAAUGCUUGAAGCCCCUUUUACAUGUGUGUGUGUGUGAGAGAGAGAGAAUUUCUUCCCCCUGUUUUUGUGGCUGCAUUUUGGGAUGUUGGCAGGAGAAGUGGGGGGAAGUCUCUGGACAGAAAGCAUUUCAGGAAAAACACUUUUGGUUCCAACUGGAUUGAAACAUC